AUGUCCAGAUCUUGCCGGCGGCAGGCACAUGCUAACGAGGACAGCAGUGAGGACACCACAAAGGGCAAGAAAGCCGCUAGAAGAAGCCCUAAAGACCAGAAGCCUGGAAAGGAAGAAAGGGGGGGAUCUCAACCCUCUUCUAAAGCCAACAGGAAACCUGGUGCAGCUUCUCAUUCGCUGUACGACCUCCUAGGCGUUGCGCGGGAUGCCUCUCAAAAGGAAAUUACUUCUGCUUACAGACGCAGGGCUCUACUGUGCCACCCUGAUAAGAUUCGUCAGAGGCAGAAAGGAAGCGGAGAGACGGGAGAAGAAAGCCUCGAAGGCAAGUCGUACGAGGAGGCGUAUGCAUUCUACAGAGAGAAGUUCCCCGAAGUGACAGAAGAAGCCAUUAAUGAGUUCAAGCGCCGCUACAUCGGCAGCGAAGAGGAGAAAGAGGACAUAGAAGACUUUGUUAACAGAUUCGACGGAGACUUGUCUAAAUUUUUCGAAUUUGUUCCUCUUAGCGACCCCUCCGACUGCAAACGCUACAUGGACGUGUUCUCCGAGCUCCUCAAAGCGAAGAAAAUCAAAGCCACAGAAAAAUACAAAAAGUCCUUUCGCGAGUUCGAUGCCAUUGCCGAGAAGUACAGAAAACGCUUCGAGAAAGAGAAGGGUGCUGCACGUAAAAGCAAUGCCAGCAAGAAGGAAGAAGAUAUGUCUGCUCUCGCUCUAUCCAUCCUU